UGGAAAAACAACUGGUUCUUGUGUUGAUACUACUUUGCCGUGUUCCUUUUCAUGUCAAAAAUUGUCUUGGAUUAGAAGAUGGAAUCACCAGAUCUCAAUUCCCAAAAGGGUUCCUCUUCGGAGCAUGCACUUCCUCCUACCAGGUACAUGUUUUACUUCACCUUUCCCUGCCUUCAAAUUCAUGUUGGAGUUACUCUAAAGUUGAACUUUUCCCAGAAAUAUACCAAGUUUGUUGGAGUUACACAGUUGCUUACUUUUCCUUCUCUGUUUCUGAAAUAUUUAAAGUUGCUGUUUUUAUAAUGGGGUUUUUCUUCUUCUUUUUCUCCAAAAAAAAAUUGAGGGAGCACCUCGUGAAGAUGGCAAGGGUUUGAGCAACUGGGAUGUUUUCAGUCAUAUUCCAGGAAAGACAAGCAAUGAUGAGAAUGGUGACAUUGCAGAUGAUCACUAUCAUCUGUAUUUGACAUCAAGUUGAUGUCCUCUCUUGGGAUAAACGUGUAUCGAUUUUCUAUUUCAUGGGCAAGGAUUCUACCUAGAGGGAUAUAUGGGGACAUAAAUCCAGGUGGAAUAAAGUUCUACAAUAAAAUCAUAGACAAUCUGCUGCUUAGAGGGAUUGAGCCAUUUGUGACAAUUCACCAUCAUGACUUGCCACAAGAACUGGAAGAAAAAUAUGGUGGUUGGCUUAGUCCCCUGAUACAGAGAGAUUUUGUGUAUUUUGCUGAGAUUUGUUUCAAGAGCUUUGGAGACAGGGUUAAGUACUGGACUACCAUCAAUGAACCAAACCUAGUUGCAGACUUUGGCUUUAUAAGAGGAACAUAUCCCCCUGGUCACUGCUCCCCACCUUUUGGAAAUUGUUCUACUGGUAACUCUGAUGUUGAGCCUCUCAUUGCCAUGCACAAUAUGUUACUUUCACAUGCCAAGGCUGUUGAGUUGUACCGAAAGCAUUUUCAGAAAAAGCAAGGCGGAAUCAUUGGCAUUGUUGCUCAUACCUUCAUGUAUGAACCUCUUAGAGAUGAAGAAUGUGAUACACAAGCUGUGAAAAGAGUCUUGUCUUUUGUUGUAUCAUGGUGCUUAGAUCCCUUGGUUUUUGGUGAGUACCCUGCUGAAAUGCGUUCUAUUCUUGGGAACCAGUUGCCAAGAUUCUCUCCUGAGGAGAAGAAUCUCAUAAAAGGAAGCUUAGACUUCAUUGGCAUCAAUAACUAUGGAACUCUUUAUGCCAAGGACUGCUCCCUCACUGCUUGUCCUUUAGGAACAGAUCGUCCAAUAAGAGGCUUUGUAGAAACAAUCGGAAUAAGAGAUGGCAUUCCUAUUGGUGAUGAGACAGGAAACCCAAGGUUCUUUGUGGUUCCAAGGGGCUUGGAGAAGAUUGUAGACUACAUCAAGAUAAGAUACCAUAACAGGCCCAUGUAUAUUACAGAAAAUGGAUAUUCAUCACCACCAAAACCAGAUAUGACAAUAAAUGAUCUACUGCAAGAUUUCAAACGAGUAGAUUAUCAUAAAGCUUACCUUGCAGCCCUGCUUAGAGCCAUAAGGAAAGGUGCUGAUGUAAGAGGAUAUAUGAUAUGGUCAUUGAUGGACAACUUUGAAUGGGCAAGUGGCUAUGAAGUCAAAUAUGGUCUUUAUUAUGUGGAUAGAGAUACUCUUGAACGGAUCCCCAAACUUUCUGUUCAAUGGUUUUCAAGUUUCCUCAACAACACUACCAACACUUAUGAACAAGACUUGAGUGAGCAAUACGUUAGAAGCCAAGAUGCAAUGACUGCUGGUUUCAAAGUUAUUUGAACUAGCUGAAUACUAGCAACAUACUCUUUAGCAUAUUUCAUUGUUGGUUGAAAUUUGUUGGAAGUCAUAAAAUUUUCUGGAACUUGGAAUUUCUUGAGUGUUACUUGUGAUUUUAUAAUUUAUAAAAAAUUUAAUCAUCAGAGUAUGUUUGAAAAAUUGUAUCAGUAGGCUCAUCUUUUUGUUCAUAGCAUGUUUUGUUGAAGAAGAUGAACCCACAACCAAAACAUCAGCAAGAAAAAAGGGCCCAUAAGGCAAAUGUUUGAAUUCAUUGUUGAACCUAGACAAUGUACUACAAGCUCGUUGACAACUUUUAUGUUCAGAACACUUUCAAUA